CGUCUCCUCCUCCUCCUCCUUCUCCUCCUUUUAAGCUUUCCUCUUCAUCUUUCCUUGCAGAUGAUUGCGAUGGCAGCAGCUUCGCAGCCUGAGAGCUCCCUUCCUCCCUGAGAGAUUUGUGAAGGCAGACACCUCCCACCAAACCACAGUGUGAACACCGCACACCCUUUUGCACACCCUUUUGCGCGCUUCUUGGCCUCCACCUCCGUCUGGCACACUGCAGGCAAGGGAGGCCGGAGCAAAGAGGAACCCGCGCCACCGCAUUUCUGGCAUUCCUUUCCAGAUGCCAAGAAUGAUGAGUAGAAGGUUUCGGAGGAAGAGAGGCUGAAACAGACAACAGCAACGCAUAGGAAACUCCAGGGCUUGGCAGCCGGAAAGUGUCAGUCGGAGCCCAAGCUCCAGGGAGAGACUUUUGGGUUUUGUCCUUGGGAGGAAAGUUAACAUUUAACAGAAGACAAGUUGUUGGCUUGCCUUAGAGGAAAACAAGGAGCAACACGCCUGGCUUUAUCUGUGUCCUUAGAAGCACUGUUCCCUUUUUGACCGCAGGUAACGUCCAGAAGGAGGGAGCAGGAAGGAUCUACUCGACUGUGGCUUCAGGACUAUCUGGCCCUCAUCUGUGUGGAUCGGUGCGGUUGGGAAACUUGACUCUGCUGGUAGUUGAGGAAGAGUGAAAAGAAGUCAGUGGAGGCAGUGCGACGCCCAUCGUCCAAGGCUCUGGAAACCAAGGCACCAGGGAGCAGCAACUGAAGGGAGGUUUUGUCCCUCCAUCCCACAAACAGAGACUGGCAGGCGCUUGGAGCUGCGACAUCCUGGAGCGGGAAGUGGACAGCGGGAACAUGGAGAAUGCAGGGGGAGGCAGAGUCCUCAGUACAAAGCGGUCCAGUUUGCGCGGGGUCCACCAGCUCCCGAUGGUGCAGAAGCUGGUGGAGUCUCUGGCCCAGCUGCAAGAGGAGAAGCUGCAGCUGCAGGAGGAGCUGCUCUUGCUGCAGGAGAAACUUUCCGCGCAAGAGAGCAGCCAGCUCACCCAGACGACGCAGCUCCAGAGCCAGACAGAGAGCCUGAAGGGUCAACUCCUGGAGCAAGCGCAGGAAAUGAACAGGCUUCAUUCUGUGUUGGGUGGCACAGACCUGGAGAAGCACAGGGACCUUCUGGUUGCUGAAAACUUACGUCUGAAGCAAGAGGUGAAGAUGUGUGAGGCACAACUGCAGGAGUUCCGGAAGCAGCCGCCAGUGAAGUGUGUGGGAUGUGAGCACAGCCAGGAGAACAUGGUGCUGCAGGAGACGCUGUCCCGGCUGAGGCAGGAGGCCGAGGAGGUGAAGGGGCGCCUCUCUGAGCUGGACCUGGAAGUGGAGCAGAAGACGAACCGCUUGGCAGAGGUAGAGCUGCGGCUGAAGGACUCCCUGGCUGAGAAGGCGGAGGAGGAGGAGCGGCUGAGCCGGAGGCUGCGGGACAGUCAGGAGACCAUUGCCAGCCUCAAAGCCCAGCCCCAGCAGAUCAAGUACGUCAUCCGGACUGUGGAAGUGGAGUCCUCAAAGACCAAGCAGGCCCUCUGCGAAGCCCAGUCCCGGAACCAGUACCUGCAGGACCAGGUGGGGAUGCAAAGGCAGGUGCUGAAGGAGAUGGAGCAGCAGUUGCAGAGCUCGCAGAAGGUGGCCACUCAGCUCAGAGCGCAGGUUAUGAUGUACGAGUGUGAACUGGAACAGGCUCAUGAAGAGAUGCAGAACAUGGAGGAGGACAAGAACCGAGCCAUCGAAGAAGCGUUUUCUCGAGCCCAAGUGGAAAUGAAAGCUGUUCAUGAGAACUUGGCUGGGGUGCGGACAAACCUCCUGACGCUCCAGCCAGCGCUUCGGACCCUCACCAGCGACUAUAACAGCCUCAAGCGACAGGUCCGAGAUUUCCCCCUUCUUCUCCACGAAGCUCUCCAGAGCGCCAAGUCAGAGAUUGGGCAAGCCAUUGAAGAAGUUAACUGUACGAAUCAGGAGCUUCUGAGAAAGUACCGCCGGGAACUGCAGCUCCGGAAAAAGUGUCACAAUGAACUGGUGCGGUUGAAAGGCAACAUCCGAGUGUUCGGCCGUGUUCGGCCAAUAAGCAAAGAAGAUGGAGAAGGUCCCGAAGCUGCCAACGCUGUGACGUUUGACCCCGAUGACGACGCCAUCCUUCACCUCAUGCACCGAGGGAAGCUGAUCUCCUUCGAAUUGGACAAGGUUUUCCCUCCAGAAGCAACCCAAGAAGAUGUCUUCCGGGAAGUGCAAGCUCUGAUCACUUCUUGCAUCGAUGGUUACAACGUGUGUAUCUUUGCCUACGGACAGACAGGUGCUGGCAAGACAUACACAAUGGAGGGAACUUGUGAAAACCCUGGUAUCAACCAGCGAGCCCUGCAACUCCUCUUCUCCGAGGUGCAAGCCAAAGCCUCGGACUGGGAGUACCGGAUCACCGUCAGUGUGGCCGAAAUCUACAACGAAGCCCUCAGAGAUCUGCUUGGGAAGGAGCCUCAAGAGAAGCUGGACAUCAAACUCUGCCCGGAUGGCAGUGGUCAACUCUAUGUGCCUGGCCUGACGGAGUUCCCUGUGCAUUGCGUGGAAGACAUCAACAAGGUCUUUGAGUUUGGCCACAUCAACCGAGCGACUGAAAGCACCCACCUGAACGAACACAGCUCCCGGUCUCAUGCGCUUCUUAUUAUUACGGUGCGGGGCGUUGAUUACAGCACAGGAAUACGGACCACAGGGAAGCUCAACCUGGUAGACCUGGCCGGUUCUGAGCGUGUGGGGAGAUCUGGCGCAGAAGGGAGCAGGUUGCGCGAGGCCCAGUACAUCAACAAGUCCCUCUCGGCUUUGGGGGAUGUGAUCUAUGCUCUCCGCUCCCGCCAGGGCCAUGUGCCCUUCCGCAACUCCAAGCUGACCUACCUCCUCCAAGACUCCCUCAGUGGAGACAGCAAGACCCUCAUGAUGGUCCAGGUUUCUCCGGUCGAGAAGAAUACAAGCGAGACGCUCUGUUCCCUCAAGUUUGCGGAGCGGGUUCGUUCAGUGGAGCUGGGCCCAGGAUCACGGAGGGCAGAAUUAGGCUCAUGGAACAGUCAGGAACACUUGGAGCCCUCCUUUCAGUUGCUUGGUGAAGCCAGUUUGGCCUCCUUCAGUUCAUGGAGUCCCACAGGCCUGGUCCUAUUCCUUGUUUCUCCUGCUUUCUUCCUUCUGCAGACAGAGCCGUUGGCCGCAGCGCUGCCCUGCAUUCGAUCCCAGUCUUCUCCUCGAACGGGGCGGUCAAGUUCCCUCCGGGCAAGGCUCCAAACAUCUGGGAAACUGAGACCAAUCCCGGUGUGAGAAGCAGAUGCUCCGGAUGGAAGGGACACUUUCAAAGAGUCUGAGAAGCCACUUUCUCUGCUCCCAUCGCAGACACUCAUGGGAGGAGAUUGGGGGGGGGGUGCCGAGGAGUCUCUUGGAAGUGCAGCUGCAGCCCAGACGGAGACAUCGUGGCAUCUACCGUUCCUUGAAGAGCAAAGGGCCGCCGGCCGAUGUGUCCGUCCUGAAAGGUGGCCAUGCGCCCGUCUGUAGUAUCUCCUCCUUUGCUGGCAAGGGAUGGGGCUGGUCUGGUGGAGAGAGCUCCUCUGCCUAUUUCACAUCGGGCGAAUUUUAGUAUAUUAUUAAAAGGAGGUGAAAGAUUCUACAUACGCUCCUCUCCUUUGCACCUUUUUCCUUUCAUUUUUAAAGUGAAUAAAAAAAACCUUUACGCCAA